AUGGCGGGCACCGGUACUCUCUUCUUCCUCUUCUCCUCCUUCUGCCUCCUGGCCCGGCAGGCCGCGGCCGGCGGGUACGGCGGGUGGCAGAGCGCCCACGCCACCUUCUACGGCGGCGGCGACGCCUCCGGCACCAUCGGGGCAUGCGGGUACGGCAACCUGUACAGCACCGGGUACGGCACGAACACGGCGGCGCUGAGCACGGCGCUGUUCAACGACGGCGCGGCGUGCGGGACGUGCUACGAGCUGCGCUGCGACAACGCCGGCAGCUCGUGCCGGCCGGGGUCCAUCCUGGUGACGGCCACCAACUUCUGCCCGCCCAACUACGGCCUCCCCAGCGACGACGGCGGCUGGUGCAACCCGCCGCGCCCCCACUUCGACAUGGCCGAGCCGGCCUUCCUCCACAUCGCGCAGUACCGCGCCGGCAUCGUGCCCGUCUCCUACAGAAGGGGUGCCGUGCGUGAAGAAGGGGGGCAUCCGGUUCACCAUCAACGGCCACUCCUACUUCAACCUGGUGCUGGUGACCAACGUGGGCGGCGCCGGCGACGCGCAGUCCGUGUCCAUCAAGGGCACGCGCACCGGCUGGCAGGCCAUGUCCCGCAACUGGGGCAUGAACUGGCAGAGCAACACCUUCCUGGACGGCCAGUGCCUCUCCUUCCGGGUCACCUCCAGCGACGGCCGCACCGUCACCAGCAACGCCGCCGCGCCCGCCGGCUGGCACUUCGGCCAGACCUUCGAGGGCGCCCAGUUCUAGUCCGCUUCCUCCUCUUCUCUUCUCCACAAGCAUAA